UUGAACGCUGGUGAAAAAAGCCCGGAAGUGUGAGAAACCACGUGUAAGCAACAUAUUAUUUGACAGCAAACCGGUGGAUUGUUGCUUGUCCUCUGAACUGGUAGAUCGUUCGAAACAACGGGAGAAGGAACAGGUCUUUGCAACGCAGGCAGUACGAAGGGACGGAGUUUGAUUAUUUUCGGCCGUUUUGUUUGCGGACUUACUCGGUGAUUGAGACGUACUUCAAAAGAUCCACGCGGUAGAUUUUUAGGCCCUUAAGUCACGAGCGGAAGUAGAUUAGAAUUACCAUGGGCGUGUACGAUAAGCGCUGGUUGGUGAGUUGGCACAACAUGGUCCUAGCUGCUCUUUACUGCCUUUUCCUAGCAACAACGGCUGUGACGUCAUCAGAAGUGUCGAAUGGCGAAAAUUGGGACACUGUGUUAUCUGAUAGCGAAAUGGCGAAUUCCCCCGCCGAGAGCCAGGAAAACUCAAUCGAAGACUCUUUAAACCUCACAAAUAAUGACUAUGACAUGGACAUUGAAAACGACUCUGCAGAGUUUCCCAUAGGUGGCGCUAAUGAUGAAUCGUCUGCUGCAAAACGCUUCAGUUUGACAGCUCCCUCCCUCGGCAAACGAUUCAGUCUCACAGCGCCGUCCCUCGGCAAAAGAUUUAGUUUGACCGCUCCGUCGUUAGGAAAACGAUUUAGCCUCGUGACUCCUUCAUUGGGGAAGCGAUUUAGCCUUACAGCGCCAUCUCUCGGGAAGCGAUUCAAUCUCGUCUCCCCAUCGUUGGGAAAACGAUUACGUCAUGCAUUAGUUUCACCAGCAUUUGGGAAACGGGACGAGGAAGAAUACGCAGACAGACUUGAUUCUGAUGACGAACCCCGCGAUGAGAGCAAAAGAUACAGCCUAGUGACGCCCUCUCUCGGAAAGAAAAUGAGCGGGAUUGUAGCUGCUGCUCUUGGGAAGCGCGAUGCCGAAAAGAGGUUCAGUCUCACAGCGCCCUCCUUAGGAAAGAGAUUCAGUCUGACGGCGCCAUCUCUCGGGAAACGAUUUAGUUUGACAGCGCCUUCUCUCGGAAAGAGGUUCAGUCUCACAGCGCCCUCUUUGGGAAAGAGAUUCAGUCUGACGGCGCCAUCUCUCGGGAAACGAUUUAGUUUGACAGCGCCCUCUCUCGGAAAGAGGUUCAGUCUGACCUCGCCAUCACUUGGGAAACGAUUCAGUUUGACAGCGCCCUCUCUCGGAAAAAGAUUCAGUUUGACGUCACCCUCACUCGGAAAGAGGUUCAGUCUGACUUCGCCCUCUUUGGGGAAGAGGUUUAGUCUGACUUCGCCCUCUCUCGGGAAGCGAUUUAGUCUAACAGCGCCAUCUUUGGGUAAACGUUGGAGCCUCACUUCGCCCUCGCUCGGAAAGAAAUCAUUCGGACUAACGUCUCCAUCACUGGGCAAGCGAUUCAGCCUUACGGCACCGUCCCUUGGAAAGCGGUUCAGCCUCACAGCGCCAUCUCUCGGAAAGAAAAACGCGGAGAGGGAAAUUGAUGAUCUCGCCGACGAACUUUCACGAAACAAACGCAACGCCGAUGACAAACUACGCCACUCUCUAAUCAGGAGAUCGAGUGGCUGGCGCCUUCCGUCGAGACAACACCUCUUCAGGGCUGGCGCCUUAGGAAAACGCGCCUCCCAGUAAGUGGGUCACCUCAAAAGGUUGAAACUUGCAACAAAAGCGGAUUGAUGUCUAUUUUUCGAAUGGACUUUGUAUCAAUACUUUUCUUUUGCAAACUGGAUUGAUGAGUUUACGAUAAUGGGUGUUCCUUUGGUUGACACGCACAAUGAGAGUAUUCAAUAUAAUUUGCAUGCCUGGUGGUUCGUUUACCGUUGCUCUGCUGUGCCCUCUAUCGGACCAAACGAAAGUAUGAAAAUGAAACAUUGGAGGAAACACAGUAAGCCUAUUGCGAGGUUUUAAAUUGCCAGUUCUUACAAAAUAGUGUAAGUAAAGUGAUCGGUGAUAUUAAAACAGAAAUCGUCAGAAUAUCGUGGUAAGUGGUCAUGUCAAGUGUUACUGUUGUUAUUCAAUGAAAACAUUGAAAAGUAUUGGAUAUGACGUCAUUGGAAUACUGUUGACUUCGUCAAACAAUGAGAUGGGCGUUCACGUUGGCGUUUCGGGGGUUUCCGAAAACUCCCUUUUCUCAAAGGACUUGAUACUAUAAAGGACCUACUAAGCUUUAACUUCGUCGUUCGUAGGACGAGAGUUGCGAAACCUGCCUAUUUUCCCUGCCAAAACGUAUCGAGCGUAUAAGAUGGGCCCUUAAAUCAAACCUCUCUUGCUUAUUCUUGGUUGAUUUCAAUUGUUAAAAACCACGCCAGCCUGGGAAUUGAACGCUCAUGACGCGGUAAACAGUAGGCCCUACCGCAAAUUCGGCAAUUUUGGAUUAAGUGCGUUUUAGGAAGUAAAACAAUAACUGCUACACAUGUUGGAUAUAAUAUUUUGCCAGUUUGCCUAAAGGAUAUAUUUUUCAAGGGAUAUACAUGUAGGUUGCAAUUGCAUUGAUAGUAAAUUAUUCUUGUGAGAAACAUAUUGCUCAAAUAGUUGCUUUAGCUGCCCGUUCGGAGAGAGCCACGGAUAAUGCAGCAGCCAAUUAUAAACCUUGAACCAACCCUGGCCAGCUGAUCAACAUUUGAUAGCCGACUUGGCUUUUUUCCCUGGUCGGAUUCGUCACUUGAAAUUUCAGGACCCAUCCGUCAAGAAUUCACUUACUUUUCAACAGACCAUUCACUGACUUAAAGUAAUUCGUACAUGUAUUAAAAAUGAUAAAGAAAACGACCUAUUCGACGUUGCAUGUUGUUCCGAUCGUCAGGAAGUCGACGGUAAGAAAUAAUGUUCGCUUAGAACUCGACACUAGAUAAGUUUUGACCCCUGUCCAGGGGUGGUACAUGGUUUACAUUGACUGGUGCAUAAAACUUAUCGACCCGUUGUGCAAGAUCGAUUUGGAAUGUCGGAGCCUGUCCGAGAUCAUUUUACCACUCUAGGUGACGCGGAUAAUAAAAUCUCACUUGGAGCAGCACCCAUUUCAUGUGUACGGUCUGUGACCAUCUGAAGGACCAUCGAUGUCGCCUAUGUCCAAGGAAAAGAAGAACACAUGACUGAUGUCCAGGGACUAAAAGAAUUACUGUCAGGCCAAUGAAAUUACAUUAUAUGUUUCACGUCGGUGCUCACAUUUACUUGUGGCAACGCAUAUGAGUAACAAUUUUUAAAAUUUCAUUAUUUUUGCAAAAAAGCUGCAAAGAUCCGACAGAUAUUUCACCAUGUGAAUAUUAGGUUUCAGUCCAAUUGGACUUAGCGACACCUCGUCAGAAUAGCUAACUGCAACAAUAUUUUGUGGGCGUGCAGAUGUUCCUAAUGGUUGUAAAUUUGGCGAGAUUGUACGCGUCUCAUUUUUCUCGUGCGCGUUUGCUUUGAAAGGAAUUGGCCGUCUUUAUUGAAAGACUCUGCUAUAAUAAUAUCAUAUAAGUAUACUGAAAUAAACCCGUGCGGUCUUUUUCAAAAAAUGACUGACAAGAAACAAGUAAUCUUAUUUCAUCGGCCUUAACUUGGGAGAGUCCCCUCAGGUGCGUGAAGGCGAUAAAUGCAAUGCUUUGGGACUUUAGUCAAUACUGCAAGAUAGGACUUUAGUCAAUACUGUAAGAUGGGACUUUAGUCAAUACUGUAAGAUGGGACUUUAGUCAAUACUGUAAGAUGGGACUUUAGUCAAUACUGUAAGAUGGGACUUUAGUCAAUACUGUAAGAUGGGACUUUAGUCAAUACUGUAAGAUGGGGUGAUAAUAUUUUAGUCGGGGCAAUUUAACCUUCCAGGGCCAAGUUACCCCUCUUUACAGCUCUAAUGCUUGUGGUCGAAUUUAGAAUUAAAACAAAUGGAACGGGACAUUUACUGUUGCUAUCUUCAUUUCAAAGUCAGCACGCCUUGCCAUUUACAUUGUUGUGAUUAAUGCAUAAAGUUAACAAAUGCACAUUGGGAUCAUAGUGAGAUCUGGUAAAUUGCCCCCACCAAUUGGGCCCAGCACCACCAGUCCCCCUUCUUGUGGACACAGAUAACGUAUUAUGUAUUGUAUCAAGCCAAGGACAACUUAAUGUAACGGCGGAACCUUCAUCAGUGAACAAUUCAUGGUAGAAUCCUCCGCACCAUUAACACUCCUUAAAUAUAUGUUCCUGAUCAAAUUGACAUAUUUGCCUUCUCCCCAAUGUAAAAGGCCCACUGCCACAAACCUGAUUUGGUUAAAAUAAAUGCAAAGGAAAAGA